UAAAGGUCAGUUUGUUUAUAUCCUGUUUUUUUGGCUAAAAGUUUGGACUGUAACAUGGAGCACUCCAGUGGUGUAACGAAAGUUUUGCUUCUUUUCACAUUUUCUGUUCAUCUUUCAUCAGCAGAGACACACACUCUGGAUUUCUUCUACACUGGAGUCACACCAGGAACAAAUUUCCCAGAGUUCACUGUUGUUGGUGUGGUAGAUGGAGAGCAGAUUGUGCACUACGACAGUAGCACCAGCAAGACAAUCCUAAAGAAAGAGUGGAUGAAGGACAAAGCUGAUGUUGCAGAUUUCUGGAAUAGAGAGACAGACAGUUGGCAGGAAGAACAGGAGUGGCUCAAAACGGAUUCAGCUGCACUAAGGAAGCGCUUUAAUCACACUAAAGGAGUUCAGACAGUGCAGAUAAUGUUUGGCUGUGAGCUCAAUGAUGAUGGCACCACUACAGCAUACAGCCAGUUCGGUUAUAAUGGAGAAGAUUUAAUCCGCCUGGAUCUGAAAACUGUCGCCUGGGUUUUAGCUAAACCUCAAGCUGUAUUCACCGAAAAAAAGUGGGAUCCUACAGGGCAUGAGGCUGAUUACUGUACGGAGUACCUGAAGAAUGAUUGUAUUACAAUGUUAAAGAAGUUUGUGUCUUACAGCAGAGAGAGUAAAGUUCGUCCCGAGGUGUCAGUGUUCCAGAAACACUCUCCUUAUCCGGAGGUGGUGUGUCAUGCUACAGGUUUCUUCCCCAAAGCAGUGGUGAUCUCCUGGCAGAAGGACGGAGAGGAGGUGCAUGAGAACGUGGCGCUCAGAGAGACGUUACCCAACCUGGAUGGAAGCUUCCAGAAGAGAAGCAUUCUGACAGUUCCAGCUGAGGAGCUGCAGAAACACACCUACACCUGCGUGAUUCAGCACAGCAGCUUGGAGAAGGAGUUAGUGCUGCCUGUGAGAGGUGGAGGAUCAGAUGGAGCACCGAUUGCUAUCAUCGUUGCUCUAGUUGCUGUGGUCUUUGCUCUCGUUGCCGUUGUUGCUGGAAUUGUGGUCUGGAAGAAGAAGAACUCUGGCUUCAGUCGUGUUCCACCCAAACCCUCCUCUGAAGGAGAUUCUUCCUCCAACAACUCUUAAAGUGUGACUGUGUGUCUUCCUGCUGAACUGAGAGAGAGAGAGGAGGAGAGGGAGAUGAGGAACACACACACACACACACACGUUUAG